UGUUUGCAUGGCAGCAACGCGGAAAAUCUAAAUUUUAUUAAAAUUGCAAAACAAAGCAACAAYAACAAAGGAGUUUAUGCAAUAAAUACCCAAAUAUAUGUAUAAGAGUUUGUACCACGUUUCUGAAGCAGUAUGUCCGAACCCGAGGAUUUCUACCAGGACGCAGAGAUUUUUGUAACGGGCGCCACUGGCUUCGUAGGCAAAACGCUGUUGGAGAAGUUGCUUUGGAGUUUUCCACAAAUCGCUCACAUUUACAUGUUAAUACGCGAGAAGAGCGGCCAAACGGUGGCGCAACGUUAUCAGGAUUUUGUGCAGCAUAAAAUUUUUCAACGCCUGCGCACGCAUUAUCCGGAGCGGCUGGAAAAACUGGUCUACCUGAAGGGUAACAUUGAGUGUGACGAUUUCGGUUUAAGCCCCUCGGACCGCCAUCGCUUGUGCACGCAUGUGCAGAUCAUUUUCCACAGCGCCGCCACAGUGCGCUUCAAUGAGCGCUUGAAAGUCGCCGCACGCGUGAACGCCAUCGGCACUUGGCAUCUGCUGGAGUUAUGCAAGGAAAUGCCACAGCUGAAGAGCUUCGUCUACGUCUCGACGGCGUAUUGCAAUCCGGGGCGUAAAUUUGUCGAUGAAUUGAUAUAUCCCACUUUGCCGCCCGUUAACUGGAAAAUGUUCGUUGAUUGCACCAACAAAAUACCAGAUGCUUAUUUCAACAGCUUAGCCAAUUAUAUUAAGGGUCCUCAUCCGAACACUUACACCUUCACCAAAUCGAUCGCCGAGCAAAUUGUGAAUGAUUACAAACAGUGUAUACCAAUUGUAAUCGUACGUCCAUCGAUCGUGACGGCAGCGCAUCGUGAACCAUAUCCCGGCUGGAUCGACAACAUACAAGGCAUCACCGGCAUUAUGAUGGAAAUCGGUAAGGGUACAAUCAGCAGCAUAUUAGGCGAUAAGGACAUCAUUUGCGACAUAAUACCGGUGGACUUUGUGGUCAAUACAUUGAUAUUGAUGGCACAAAAGGCAACGCUGGGCAGAGUUUACAUUGCCAACGCUACUUCGGGUGUUACAAAUCCCAUUACAUGGGCGCGCCUAGGCUGUCUGACGCUAAAGUGGUCGCGUAUCUAUCCGACCAAGCGUAUUUUGAUGUAUCCAUACUUCAAGUACCGGAAAAGCUUCAUGUUACACGAAAUCGCUGUUAUUUUACUACACUAUGUGCCCGCUUUAUUGAUGGAUCUGCUAACCUUGUUGCGGCAGAAGCGAAAAUUUGUUUUGCCGAUUGCAAAAAAGUUUAGACAAGCUUGCUUGGCAGGUCGCACCUUCUCACUGAAUGAGUGGAUUUUCAAAAACCAAAGUCGUUACUACUUUCAAGAAUUACUGCAGAGUACACCAGCACAACAUUUAACAUGGAACUUGGAAACCCUAGACUAUGAUAACUACAUAAGAGAGUUUGUAAUUGGCAUACAGAAGUAUCUGCAUCGUGAACCCUUUCAGGAGAACGCCAGCAAAUGGAAGAUCACACGUUUAUACUUUACCUGGGCGUUUAUGCACAUAUUUUUAACUCUAUUAGUGUUUUACUUUUUACUUUAAUAUAAGCUGCUAAGUAAUA